AUGUCAAGAGCGAGCUUUUCCCCCACUCACCGCCACAGUCCCUCAGGUGACCCGUGCUCCCUACUUGCCCCAUGCUCUCCCCUCUCCCCCUCCCUCCUCCCGCCUACCAGGCAGAGGAAUCGGUUCAAGGUGCUUCUCACGCUGCUGCCGGCCCUCUCUGCUGACUUCCUCUGUGUUCAGGAGAUGGACGAGUACGAGGCAGUGUAUCGCCAGCCGAUGGCAGCUGCGGGCUGGGAGAGUGUGUAUGUGAAGAGGCCGGGCAAAAAGAGGGACGGAAGCGGCAUCUUUUACCGAUCUAGCAGAUUCCGCCUGCUUCGCUGGCAACCAAUCAACUUCAACGACCUCGUUCCCCCAGACCACCCAGACCAACCAAACCAGCCGGCCCAAGCAGACACUCCCAGUCCCGACUCGUCCGAAGAAACCCGAGACCUAUCCGCCUCCCAUGUGUCGGAGGCGACUGAGAAACCAAGUGCCGAUGUGAAGCUGGCUCAAGCACACUACCUGCUGCAGCAAGUGGCACAGUUCCGAUCCUCUAUAGUCCCCUCCGCACACAGUCACACAUCUGCUAGUGUCACAAGUGCGGCAGGCAGCACACCGGUUACCAUCAUCUGCGGCGACUUCAACUCUCUUCCCGGUGACCCUCUGCAGAUUCCCCUGCGCCUGGAGCUGCAAUUCAUGGUGCCCGCCCGGGCGCGUCAUGGUGCCUGUCAGACCUGCUAUCAUCACAUCCGCAUGCAGUCAUCCUAUAGUCACUUCCUCUGCCCCAUUCUGCCCCUCAAAAUUGAAUCUGUACCCAUGGCCAUGCUGUGUGCUCUCUUGUCUCUUUCUUCACUAUGUGCUCCCUGUGUUUCCCACAUCCACCCGUCUCCCCUCCUACUCCCCUCAGCUGCUAGACCAGCGCACGGCAUGGGGCCAGCAGGUGUCGUCAGUGCUUCUAACCAUGCUGUGAGCUCCCCGGUCUCUGUCUUAACUGUCUGCUCACUGCAUUCUCCCCAUCCACCUCCCGCCCUUCACACCCCUCAGCUGUUGGAGCAGCGCACGUCAUGGGGCCAGCAGGUGUCAUCGGUGCCUACCACUACGCUGACUUUUGAGUCGACUCAAAAGUCAGCAGCGCACGUCAUAAGGCCAGCAGGUGUCAUCGAGUCGACUCAAAAGUCAGCAGCGCACGUCAUAAGGCCAGCAGGUGUCAUCGGUGCCUACCACUACGCUGACUGCUCACCGGAUUUUGUUCCAAGGUCUCCUCUCACCUUUUCCCCCUUCUCAUUCCCCGAUCAUCCACCUCCCGCCCUUCAGCUGCUGGAGCAGCGCACGUCAUGGGGUCAGCAGGUGUCGUCGGUGCUGCUAGCCAUGCUGUGUGUUCACUGUAUUCUGAUUGAAGGUCUUUCGUCUCCCCUUUUCCGCCUUCCCCAUUCUCCCCAUCAUCCACCUCCCGCCCUUCAGCUGUUGGAGCAGCGCACGUUGUGGGCUGUUAGAGCAGCGCACGUCGUGGGGUCAGCAGGUGUCAUCGGUGCUUCUAACCAUGCUUUGCUGGAGCAGCGCACGUCGUGGGGCCAGCAGGUGUCGUCAGUGCUGCUAGCCAUGCUCGCAGCAGCCGUGCUGGCCUCCCUCUCAGUGCUGCCCACCGCCUCUCCCGUCUAUGAUUUUGUGUGGACACGUGUCAUGCCCAUGGCCGUGGCUCUGGUGCUGUUAGAAACAGAUGUGACGUCAGCAUUCACACAGUCAGGUCCCGGCCUGCUAGCGUUCCUGCUGGGUGCAGCGGGCACGAUUGCAGGGACACUUGUCGGCUUCUCAUUGGCCGGGCCCUCCCUUGGGGUGGAGGGGUGGAAGGUGGCGGCUUGCUUCUGUGCGACGUACAUCGGUGGUAGUGUUAACUAUGCUGCCACUGCUAAGGCUCUAGGCAUGGACAUCACAGCAGGGGCAGCAGCAGCCAGCACGGGAGCCAGCCUACUCACAGCAGGCAUGGCGGUGGACAACCUCCUCGUGGCUGCUUACUUCUCGGCCCUGGGCAUGGACAUCACAGCAGGAGCGGCAGCGGCCAGCACGGGAGCCAGCUUACUCACAGCAGGCAUGGCAGUCGAUAACCUUCUCAUGGCCGCUUACUUCUCGGUGCUUGCUGCCCUCCCGGACUCCUGGCCCAAGCCGUGGGGUGGGGAGAGGUGGGGAGGGGUGAAGAUAGGAGGCAAUUCUGAUGAGUCGGAGAAAAGGCUAGAUACAGGGCUUUCGGCUCCUCUCCUCCACUCCUCCCCGUCUCCUUCCUCUCCUUCUCCUUCCGCCUCUUCUUCCUCUUCCUCAUCCUUGCACACUCCUGCUCCUCUGCCGUCUCCCUCCCCUCCCUCCUCAUCCUCCUCACACCUCACUCACUCUCCACCCCCCGCCCCCUCGGUGGAGUCCCUCACUCUCUCCAUUGCCGCUGCCGCCUCAGCAUGCGCGCUAGCGGACAAAAUUGCCGUCCACCUGCCGCCCGUGAUGGCCUCGGCACAGCUGGCGCUUGCCGCCCUGCUGGCCUCCCUCCUGUCGACUGUAGCAGCCAGGCUGACAGGGCGGGGGGAGAAGAGAAAGGAGGGAGAGGAGGGAGAGGAGGGAGGUUCACUGUUCACAGGAGCAGAAACGCUUGGAAACUCCCUGAUGCUGGUCUUCUUUGCAAAUAUAGGAGCGUCAGCAAGUGUGUCUGAAGCCAUGUCCGCUGGUGGUGGUCUGCUUGCAUUCGUUGCAACUGUGUUAAUGCUAAUGGUAGCAUCCAAUGCCAAUGUGGGGGGUCCUGCCACUGCUGCUGCUAUGGCCAGUGCCCGCAAUUGGCCCCAACUGGUGCGUCCUGCGGUGCUACUGGGGACAUUUGGCUACACCAUCGGAACAGCCAUUGCCUUUCUACUUGGAAUCAACGUGCUACAGCCCAUGGCAGCAGCUGCUUUUGCCAAAGUACUGUGA